ACUGCUUCCUUGCACCCUUAAUUUGUUUCUAGGUGUUGGCUGCCAAUUGUAGAGUGCAAAUGAAAAGUUACAGAUUGGUGGCUUCGUUAACAAAAUUUUCAGUUAUUUGUGUAGUUGAAGACGGGAAUUUGUUUUGCGUAUAAAAAGUUAACACUGCGUUUCAAUUGGCAGAGCAAACACAGGACGACGACUAUGAACUAAAGUAAAAAAUAAAUGCACACCGUACCGAGAACAUAAUGCGUGAAUAGUACUAUACGAUUAAACAUAAAAAGAAAAGCAAACCAACUAAAAGCAAAAAACCAACUCUUGCAGAACAAAGUUCAUGAUUUAUCCAUACUAGAGUGCACAAAAUAAACGCCGUAUGCAAGCGUGAUCAUCCAAGGCUCAUUAUCCGACUAAGCUACUGGCCAGCUUAAAAAAAGUAAGCCACCAUCUAACGAGAGCGAAUCGAAUCGACUUGGACGACCGACCGACCGACCGCACAAAGAAGGAUCUAUCUGGAAAGCCGGCUAGCCGAGUCCCGCAUCCGAUUCCGUAUACGAAUACGUAUCCGUAUCCGAAUCCGAAUUCGUAACCGAAUCCUCAACCAAAUCAUCCCAUAAGGACGCCGCUGUCUUCAACGAUCACAAGAUGAAUGAACUAGACAGUCUCAGGCAGGAAGCCGAGUCCCUAAAGAACGCCAUUCGGGAUGCCCGGAAGGCGGCCUGCGACACAUCACUGUUGCAAGCGGCCACCUCGCUGGAACCCAUCGGCCGCAUACAGAUGCGCACCCGUCGUACAUUACGCGGCCAUUUGGCGAAAAUCUACGCCAUGCAUUGGGGCAACGAUUCAAGGAAUCUCGUAUCAGCCUCACAGGACGGCAAACUGAUCGUUUGGGACUCGCAUACCACGAACAAAGUCCAUGCCAUUCCACUGCGAUCCUCGUGGGUGAUGACCUGUGCGUACGCCCCAUCCGGUAGCUAUGUGGCCUGCGGUGGCCUCGACAACAUGUGUUCAAUUUACAACCUAAAGACGCGCGAGGGCAACGUCCGGGUGUCCCGUGAGCUGCCCGGCCAUGGUGGCUAUCUAUCGUGCUGCCGCUUCCUGGACGACAAUCAGAUCGUGACCAGCUCCGGUGAUAUGUCGUGCGGAUUGUGGGAUAUCGAGACGGGACUGCAGGUAACCUCGUUUUUGGGCCACACCGGCGAUGUGAUGGCCCUCUCACUGGCGCCCCAAUGCAAAACGUUCGUAUCCGGCGCCUGCGAUGCGUCCGCCAAGCUAUGGGACAUCCGGGAGGGUGUCUGUAAACAAACCUUCCCCGGCCACGAAUCCGAUAUCAAUGCGGUCACAUUUUUCCCGAAUGGGCAGGCAUUCGCCACCGGUUCGGACGACGCUACCUGUCGAUUGUUCGAUAUCCGUGCCGAUCAGGAGUUGGCCAUGUAUUCGCACGACAACAUCAUAUGCGGCAUCACAUCGGUGGCAUUCUCGAAGAGCGGACGUCUGUUAUUAGCGGGCUACGAUGAUUUCAACUGCAAUGUAUGGGACACGAUGAAGGCAGAACGGUCUGGCAUACUCGCUGGCCACGACAACCGUGUAUCCUGUUUGGGCGUCACCGAGAACGGCAUGGCGGUGGCAACAGGAUCGUGGGACUCCUUCUUGCGUGUAUGGAACUAAAAACAAAACAGAAACAGAAACAGCAGCAUAAGCAGAAACAGAAACAAAACAAAACAAAAAACAGAGAAAACCAAACAAACAAAGAACAACAAAAAAAGAGGAAAAAGAAAAAGAACUUCAAAAUGCAUUAAAGGGUGGGGUGGGGUGUCAGGUCAACGGUUGCGCAGUCUGCGGAUAGUGUUUCACCCAUCAUCUACAUUGUGAUCUAAUGUAUAUGAUUCGGUGUUACCGCCUCUGUGGUAAAUAUUAAAUGAGUGCCGGACGUUUUGAAUAUGUGGGCGCAGCUAGUUGACUAGAACGUAGACCACAACAACAAAGAACUUUAUAUACAACAUUAUUUAUAUUGCUAUAUACUUAUUAACUAAAAUUAUACAAAAAAACAAAAUAAAACCAAAAAAAAAACAACAAAAAACCGAAAAAAAAACCGCAGACAUACGCAGCAACAUACAAAUAGACAUACACACGCAUACAAGAAUAUUAUUAGUGUAAAUGGAAAAUUGAGAAAAGAAAAAAUGAAAAACCAAGAACAAGCGAUCAAGAAAAAACCAAAACGAUAAAGAAAUUGAUGGAGUAACACGAUCGGCCCGCUGAUAGUCAGAAGAGUCAGAGUCAGUUGUUUAGUCAGAAUUCCGGUUACAGCUACAGUUUAAAGCGUACGUAAAUUAAACUUAGUUCAAAUCGCAUUUCAGCGGUGAGUGCGUGCAGCUGGGAGCACAAGGCUGCCAGCCCCUGGACUCCUGGCAUCCCGAUCCUGGUCCUGAUCCCGCAUCGGAGCCCGCAUCCGAGUCCCAGGAGCCGCAGGAGUGGUGCUGGCCAGCCAGUCAGUCAGUCAGUGAGUCAGUCGUUUGCACUUUGUAAAAGAAAAAGAAGAUGGUAUCAUUGUAAUCAUGUAUGUCAACAAGUAAAUACAUAUUCUUUUGCGUAUAAUACAUAAAACUUCAGAAUGUGUGGAUGUGGAUGAUCCUGAUGCAAGGUGGGAUGGUGGAGAAGUCAAAUAAAGUUAAAGCAUUUAAAAAAAAAAUAAAAAAUGAAUCACGGCAAACCUAAACGUAAAGCAAAACAAAAAAGAGAAAGAAGAGAAGAUGACGAUGGAGGAAACCAAACAAGAAACAAAAACAAAAAUUGCGUAAUAAACUUUAUAAAUCAAGUAAUGAAAACAAAACAAAACAAAAAAAAGUAAAGAAAACACUAUAACAAAUUUUUGUCUUAUUAUGUUUAAGUCCCUAAUUUAUAUACAAACAAAAAUAAGAAUGAUUUAAAUAACAUAUAUGUAAACUAUGCAUUAGUGAAAAAGUGGAAAACUAUUUAUAUAUAAUAUGAUGGCCAUAUAAGCUAUAACAAUAAAUUGAAAAACACCUUUAAAUCUUAUAAUACAUUUAUAAAUGUUUAACAAAAUCUUAACAAAUACAUUCAUAGAAUUGCGGCAGUAAGGGCAUUAAAGCAUUAAAGCAUCAUGGAAAUAAUUUGAGCAUUCACCUCAACUCAACUCACCUCACCUCACUACUCUUACUCUAAUUGCAUACUGUUGAAUUUUUGUUCAUUUUAUUCUUAUCCUAAAUUCCUAUGAGGUUUUACAUAUAUGGCUUAUAUGAGGUUUGAAAAUGCAGCAAACGAAACGAAACGAAGCGAAGCAAAACGAUUGUAGUAUGCAAACAAAAAACUAAAGCUUAUAUUGUGAAAAUACUGAUAUUGUCUUGCUGUCUUACGAAUAUACUGAAUCAUCAAGUUCUUAUCUAUUUUUAUUAUGUUCUUUUUAAUUAAUUUUAAGUGGUAAUAGGAAAUUCGCGGAUACCCAUACCGAUACCGAUAUACCAAUACCGAUUCCAGCAUUCUGAAAUCAAAGAUCUGAAGAAAUCUGAUCCUAGCAAUACCAAAAUUCAUUGAAAACUGUAAUAAACUGAUUGGUUUAUUGACCUUCUUGAAGUAUUCUUUAACGUUAUAGUAUCUUGGUCCGAUAGGUAAAUGGUAAAUUGUGAUUUAAAGUGAAUAGUUUUUCAAGCAACGAGAAUUAGCCUAAAUCUAAAUCUAAACCUAAACCGCAAACAAAAACCAAAUCCAAACCGAAUCCAGAAUCCAGAAAACCAGAAACCCAGUCGAAUCAAAAUAUCGAAAUGAAAACAUUUCAAAUGGAAAGAAUUAUUGUGUAUUUCUACCGACUUUCGAUGCUUGAUUGAUUAUAUUGAACCGAAUAUAUUCCUAUGUAUAUGUGUAACUACUAUUGGUAAGCUUACAACAGCUGCAGUUAUUUGGGCUCUGCUUUUUCGCCAUAGAUGGACUUACUUAAUUUUAGUACAUUCUGGACAUUCUGGACGGCCAUUUCAAAACUAAUGCUGUUUCAAAACUAUGAAUAAAUUAUGAAAAGAAACCUUUGUAACAUUUAAAUAAUAAAAUAUAAUACGAAUACGAUAA